AUGACGAUGGUCACUCACACAAUCGCAUGUGAUUGUCAAAUUCGAUUUCAAUCUGGACUGGUCACUGAUGAGACCGCCUUCGUCGUCGUCGACUCGUCAACGAGUGCCACUCAGCAAGCAAAUUUAUUGAAUCAAAUAGGUCACUUUGUUGUUUGGGCAGCAGAAAUCACUACGGCUGCAAACGACAUGCAUACUGCCUUGCAAAAUCUUAUAAACAAUCCGAACGUCACCGUCGAUAUCAUAUACGAUGUGCUUGCCUAUCGUGCACGAGAGCAGAAUUUACGCGCCUUUACUUGGAGUGGUGACCCUGCCGAGCAACCACAAUUGAAGCCACUGCCUCACUCUGACCUCCAGCCUCUGGCUCUACCGAACAGUACUAAUUUCCCCCAAACUGUAGAACAAUUCUUAGAGCUCACAAGAGCAGACUUCCAAAAUAUAUUGAGGGCUUACGGGCUCCCCCGAGGUGGAAAUGCCAUCAUCGAGGAAUGGGUAGCCACUUCAAACUUCCGUCCGUCAAACCGAAAAAUCAUCAAUAAGAUAUUCUCUUCGCUUUCGCCAGAAUCCCGCUCCUCCGGGACAAGUCCAUUACCUCCGUAUUUCCUAUGUGGCGUCCGAAUUUACAAAGACAAUGCCUGCGUACAUUCGAUUCGAAUAAAGGCGGACGUACCGUAUCCGCUGUCUGUGGCAUAUGAUCUCUACGACUCGUUGCCGAAUGCACAGUGA